UCGUUUUGGUUUAUCGCGACGGAGGGGAAGAAUGCUAUACAAGUUGAGAUUACUUGCGGUGAUUAACGUGAUUAUUUUUUGUAGACCCAGUGACGGCUAUGAUAGCCCUGUGGAGAUAGUUCUUCCAAUAUCUCUACCAGAAGGUUCAGACGAAGUUAACAACGACCAGGACUCUCAGCCAAUAGACCCAGUUGCUGCACGAGAAGUCGCGGGGGAUCCAUUGAACACGGUGGACUUUGAGACUGCUAAGCAGCUAACAGUCGAAGAACUAUCCCGACGAAAUGACAGCGCGGCCACGGAGUUGGGAGGAACGUUUGAAGGAGACAUGAACGGGAUCGUCAAGGGAAGAAACGCUAUCAUCGAUACCCGCCAGCUUUGGACAAAUGGGGAGGUACCUUACUACAUAUCGGACAGUUUCGGCCGUUACGAACGUAGCGUCAUUGCUAGGGCGGUCAUGGAAUAUCACGAGAAGACCUGCAUUCGUUGGAAACCUCGAACCUACGAGAGGGAUUUUGUCUUCAUCGUCAGAGGAGUGGGGUGCUACUCCAAUGUUGGGCGCACCGGAGGGCAGCAAUACUUGUCUCUUGGAAAUGGCUGCGUCUACCAUGGAACUGUCUUGCACGAGAUGAUGCAUGCAGUUGGCUUCUACCAUGAACAGAGUCGCGCUGAUCGCGAUCGUUACGUUACCGUUUUCUGGCACAACAUUCAACAAGGUAUGAGCUUCAAUUUCGCCAGGUACAGCCUGGAAGAUAUCCAGCACCUCGGGGAGCGUUACGACUACGAUUCCAUCAUGCACUAUGGACCUUCAGCAUUUGCGAGAAGUCGAGGUCUCAAUACCAUCGUACCGAAUGACCCGUAUGCCCAAAUUGGACAAAGGACUAGGUUCAGUCCAACGGAUAUUCGAAAAAUACAGAAACUGUACCAGUGUAACGAGUACGAAGACGGAAACAAGCCAGUAACAACUACGGAAGGCACAAACGCCUGCAAGGAUAAAGAUAUGCAGUGCAAAUCUUGGGCGAGGUAUUACGGCUGCUUCGAUGUCGAAGACGAAGAAAGAACAAAGUAUAUGGAAGAGCACUGCACGAAGACAUGUGAGCUUUGCGAUGACAAUGGAGCAACUCGGAGCCCUCCAGACCGGGCGUUCCGGGUCAAGCGUCACGACACUCUGACGUUGUACAUUUAG